AAUCCACCACGCGUCCCUCAAACGGCAGCGGUGUAAAUUACGAGGCGCCAGUGAACGUGACAUGGAGAUAAACAGACGCACACUGUUCGAUCCCUUCAGGUUUUUCAGGUUAGCGACGUUACGAAAUACUUCAGCAACGUAACGAUCAUCAGAACUGACAGUCCCGAAGGCUGCUCAGUGUUCCCUCAGCCAAGCUUCAGGAACAUCCAGUCACUCACUUUGACAGACGCAUGCGGCCAGGAUGGUUUCAUACAAGCGACUGAACCCUGAGGAUGUUAAGUUUUCCAGUGCAGUGUUGUCAGAGGAGCCACGUCCCGUCCAAGAAGAAGUUCCUGUGCAGGAGCCAGAGGAAGCCUCGUUGCUCCCACGGUUGCCGUCAUGCUCCGUCACCAAAGGCCUCCUGGUGAUUGGCUGCCUGCUGCUUCUCCUCUUUGGAGGCUGGCUACUGGGCACCAUGUUUUGGCUUCACGGUCCAUCAAACCGAGAGCCACAUAGACCUCUGCCACCUGCCCCGGCAAAGCCCCCUCCAACAGGAGGAAACGACACUGCAGCUGCCUCCCGCCCUGGGGCUUGUAGUAUAAUCCCAGAGGCGCGUAGGUUCGAUUGCUACCCUGAGAGAGGGGUGGUGGUGACCAGAGAGAUGUGUGAGGCAAGGAACUGUUGCUUUAUCCCUGCUUCCUCUCCGUCCUCUUCUGCCACCCACCCAUCAGGGGGAAAUGGUAUCCCCUGGUGUUUCUAUCCUGUGGAUUUCCCCUCCUACUCGCUCGUGUCAAUUAACGACACAUCCCUGGGGCAGAAAGGUACGCUCGUGAGGGAGAUAAAGACCUAUUACCCAGCAGACAUUCUCACUCUAGAGGUCGAUAUACGCCAUGAGACGGACACACGGCUGCAUGUCAGGAUAACCGACCCUUCUGAUGCAAGGUUUGAAGUCCCAAUCUCUGUCCCCACUGCCACCAAGAAAGCACAAAGUCCUGACUAUGUUGUCGAGCUUUCAAAAGAGCCAUUUGGUCUCAUUGUGAAGAGAAGCUCGACCGGAGCAGUUCUUCUGAACACCACAGUGGCUCCUCUCUUCUAUGCCGAUCAAUUCCUCCAGUUCUCCACCUCCCUGCCCAGUCAGUUCAUCUACGGCCUGGGGGAACAUCGCUCCACCUUCCUUCAUGACAUCCACUGGAACACGCUCACCAUGUGGGCCAGAGACGUCCCUCCUACGGAACAGACAAACCUGUACGGAGCCCAUCCUUUUUACCUGGUAAUGGAGGACGGAGGGAAUGCACACGGCUUCUUCCUGCUCAACAGCAACGCGAUGGAUGUGGCCCUCCAGCCGUCCCCAGCUCUGACCUGGCGUACUAUUGGAGGAAUCCUCGACUUUUAUGUUUUCCUCGGUCCUGAUCCUGGUUCAGUUAUUGAACAGUAUGUGGAAGUCAUAGGAUUCCCGGCAAUGCCCAUCUACUGGGCUUUAGGAUACCACCUCUGUCGCUGGGGUUACAACACAAGUAACUCUACCUUGGAGGUUGUCAAGAAGAUGAGGAGUUAUGGGAUGCCUCAGGACGUCCAGUGGAAUGACAUCGACUACAUGGACCAAUAUUUGGACUUUACGUUUGACUCAACAAAGUUUGCAACGCUGCCUGACCUGGUCAAGGAUCUGCACGCUCAUGACCAGCGCUAUGUCAUGAUCCUGGACCCGGGUAUCAGCAGCACUCAGCCUGAGGGCUCGUACUGGCCGUUCGAUGAAGGACUGAAGAGAGGAGUUUUUAUUAAGGACACUGAAGGAAAGACACUCAUUGGGAAGGUGUGGCCUGGUUUGACAGCAUAUCCUGACUUCUCUGACGAUGUGACACAUGAGUGGUGGUAUGAAAACCUCCAGAGGUUCCACGAUCAAGUGCCAUUCGAUGGAUUAUGGAUUGACAUGAACGAGCCGUCAAAUUUCCUGGAUGGAUCCACUAAUGGCUGUCCAUCAAACAGUCUUGAGAAUCCUCCUUAUACACCUGGUGUACUUGGAGGUUUGCUGAGAGCAAAGACUGUAUGUGCCACUGCACAACAAAAGCAGUCUAUACACUAUAAUAUGCACAGUCUGUAUGGACUCAUGGAAGCUAAAGCAUCUGCCAGCGCUCUGAAGAGGAUCGUUGCAAAAAGACCUUUCGUGAUUUCUCGUUCCACCUUCCCCAGUCAGGGGAAGUAUUCUGGUCACUGGCUGGGAGACAACAGGAGCCAAUGGAGAGAUCUUUACACCUCAAUAUCAGGCAUGUUGACCUUUAACCUCCUGGGCAUCCCGCUGGUGGGAGCAGAUAUCUGCGGCUUCAGCGAGGAGCCGCAGGAGGAGCUGUGUGUCCGCUGGACGCAGCUCGGAGCUUUUUACCCCUUCACACGCAACCACAACGCCAUCGACAUGCAGCCUCAGGAUCCAACAGUUUUCAGUCCUCUGGCUCGUACCGCCAUGAAACAGGCUCUGCUGCUGCGUUACUCCCUUUUCCCAGUCCUCUACACUCUCUUUCAUCACGCACACGCACACGGACACACUGUCGCACGGCCGCUGAUGUUUGAGUUUCCAAGAGAUGUAAGAACCUAUGGGAUUGACAAACAGUUCCUGUGGGGGAAGAGUUUGUUGGUGACACCAGUGUUGGAUCCUGGAGUCGAUUAUGUGGAUGGUUACUUCCCAGAGGGUCUGUGGUAUGACUACUACACUGGUGAUUCUCUGCGCAGUAAAGGUGAAGAGGUUCAACUUCAGGCACCUCUGGACAAGAUCAACUUACAUUUACGUGAAGGAUCGAUUUUACCAACACAGGUUCCCAAUCUGACGCUGUGGGUGAGCACCACUCAGCCUCUCCACCUGGUCUCAGCUCUGUCGGACGACGGUUCAGCCGCUGGAGAUUUGUUCUGGGACGAUGGCGAGAGCAUCGACACGUUCGAGAGCGACAGUUAUGCCUACCUGAUCUUCAGUGUCACUCAGAACGUGAUGACGUCGCAGGUGCUCCACAGCAACAUCAAGGCCACGGACAUCAGCGUGGAGUCGGCCACCUUCUACGGUGUGAAGGAGAAGCCGAGCAGAGUUUCGGUGAACUCCCUCGACGCACCGUUCACAUACAGAGCCAACCAGGUGUUGACAGUUUCAGAUCUUGGUCUCAACCUCAGCCGGAACUUCACCAUCAGCUGGAUGUGAUGACAUUUGAAUGAGUGAUGCUUUUCUUUGUUUUGGCUCUUCAAUCCAGAACAUUGGACGCAAUAAAAUAACCUUGAGUGCUGAUUAUGAACUUUGAAGAGUGACGCAACACCAGGCUGAGAAGCAGCGUUCCGCGUCUGCUCCAAUUUACCUGUAAUCACACGCAACCGUGACGUCGACACCUGAACAUCACUGCAAUCACCAUUUUUAGUUUUUAACUAAUUCAGUUCGUGUUCAUUUUAUUCAUCGUGCAACAUCGUCCUCAAACUGACUGAAGCUUCUCUGUGUGCAUUGCAAACACACUAAUAAGGCAUCAAUGUGAAAUCACUGAGCUACAGUAGUUUAGACACUGUUUUAAAUAUCUGACAUCAGUAACACUCGCUGAGGAAUCCUCUGAUUCAAAAAAAUCUGCUUUGCUCUGUAAAUUACCUUCAUUUUUAGCUCAGUUUGAUCGACUCAGCACUUAAAAGAAUUUAAUUCGCAGAAAGAUGACGUGCAAUAAAUAGAAGAGACGAUGAUCACCCUCCUGAAAAUGUGAAGGAGCCUGAUGUAGUAGAUUCUCUGUGCUUUAAUGCUGCUUACAGCCAAUUUUUGCACUAAUUGUUUCUGCAGUAUUGUAAAGAAUGACACAGGUGCCUUACGAUUCCUGUUUGUGUGUUUUUGAGCGUUGCUGGGUUUGUUCCCUUCUGAUCUUUUAUUCAGUGCAGGAGACCAUUGUAGUGCUUUGCCUGAAGACGUCUCCAGAACUGUGAAAUUACACUUGCGUCAGCUGUAACUGUUCUGUAGACGUACUGUGACGCUUCUGUGAAACUGCAACCAAAGCCUGGAGCUGGAAACAUUUUCAUGAGCUGGUUCGGGAAAGUUUUCAAGCUCAGUAACAUUAAUUCUGCCUAAAUUUGACCGUGACGCUGUGGAAACGUGAUCUGAAUUCAUGGAUUUUCUGCACCUUGUGCAACAUUUCAUUAGAGGGAUCAUCAGUGCAUGUGUAAAGUAAACUACAAACAUUUCUAAGCAUGUAAAGAGAAUAUUUUACUGUCACGUGUGUAAUUGUAACUCGACAAUCGUGAAACUGACAGUUCGCAGUGUUGACUCAUGAAGCUUUGUGUUUUUAGAGUUUUGCUGGAUCUGAUAUUUUGAUUUUACUGUUUAUUUUAAUGUCACUUGUUUAAAGUGUUUUGAGUCCUGAUGUGAUCGGAUGAUUACAUCUGAAUAAAUUAUAUUUUGAUCUUG